AUGUACGUGGUAAUAAUAUGUCGACACCGAAAGGAUAAAAGGCUUGGUUACCAUAAGGGUGUUUUUGAAGUAUCGAUCGCUCAUGUUUUCUCAGUCGCACCUCCUACCAACAAUGCUACACGCGCCCUUCGCACGAACAAAGAUGACCACUCUUCAGAUCCCUGUUUGAACAACUACACCGUCAAGAAAGAGGAUGGAAAGGUCGUUCUCGAAUUCUUUUCUGAUCUCCCCGACAGUCAUGUCUACUUGGCUCCUCACUAUUUCACUGAUGAUGGACAUGUGAUCCUAAACAUUCUCCAUUCUAAAGUCCGACAUGCCAUCGCAUGGUCAAACAUCGCACUCCACCCGGUCCUGAGAGUGAAGUCUGAAUGUCUGAAAGACCUAUCGCCAGUUCUUAUCAACACACGGUAA